AUGCUCACCAAGACCAACUACUCCGACUGGGCGCUGCUCAUGAAGGUCAAGCUCAGAGCCCGGUUGCUCUGGACCGCCAUUGAGAAAGGGGGCGUCGAACCCCAUGAAGACAUGCAGGCGCUCGACGCGCUCUGCAGCGCCGUGCCGCCGGAAAUGUGGCCGGUGAUCGCGGACAAGGAGACGGCAAAGGAGGCCUGGGAGGCUAUCGCCACCAUGCGGAUCGGCGAUGACCGCGUAAAGAAGACGUCGGCGACGUUCAAGGAGGGAGAGUCUGUUGAGGACUACGCGCUGCGUCUCAACAGCAUGGCGUCGACUCUCACCACCCUCGGCGACAAGGUCGAAGAGACGCAGGUAGUGGAGAAGAUAAUCCGCAGUGUUCCCCAGCGUUUCAGACAGAUCAUGGUCGCGAUCACGAUGCUGCUCGACGUGUCGACGCUCACCGUCGCGGAUUUGACGGGUCGACUCAAGGCGGCGGAGGAUGCCUUCGAGAAACCGCCGUCGGCUAUGCACCACGACGGCAAGCUGUACCUGACCGAGGAAGAGUGGGACGCACGGCGGAGGAAGCGUGAUGCUGAGAAAACUGGUGGUGGAGGUAGCAGCAGCGUGACGCACCGUGGCGGACAUGGGCCGGGGCGCGGGCGCGGCCGUGGCAGCGACAAGGGCUCGUCAUCAGGCGGCCUGACGGGCAACUCAGGCCGGCCCAGCGGUGAUGAGUGCAGGAGAUGCGGGAAGCUGGGCCACUGGGCCCGCGAGUGCCGCUCUAAGCCCAAGAAAGAGCAGGCCCACGUCGUCCAGGAUGAGGAGGAGGCCUCGCUCCUUCUCGUGAAGUCAACGACGGCCAUAUCGACGGCGCCGCCACCAACCUCCACUCCACCACGUUUUGCUGCGACUCCGCAGGCAGAGGAUCGGCUCCGGCGUGCAAGCCCACCGCCGCCGGGAGCAAAAGGGGUCCCCGUCAAUGGAGGGGCCGCCGAAGAAGAGAAGAAGCCAGGCGCCCAGACCCAGAUCCAUCUGCGGGAAGAGAAGGUGUUCGCCCACCUUGAAGAGGAGGAGCUGCGUGAUGAGGAGGCGUGGGUCGUGGACACGGGCGCCACGAACCACAUGUCGGGUUCCCGUACGGCUUUCACCGAGCUGGACACGGCGGUGCUUGGGACGGUGCGGUUCGGCGACGACUCGGUGGCGCGGAUCGAAGGCCGGGGGGCAAUCGUGUUCCUGUCCUUCGCGGGGGUGUAUUACAUUCCCCGACUGACGACGAACAUCGUCAGCGUCGGCCAACUCGAUGAGGCCGGGUACCAUAUCGACAUCGAGAAGGGGGCGAUGAAGGUCCAUCAGCCAGGCGGACGGCUCCUGGCGAAGGUGAUGCGCGGAAGAACCGGCUGUACAUUCUCCACGCCAAGCUGGUUCGGCCGGUGUGCCUGGAGGCGCGGGGAGUCGAAGAAGCUUGGAAAUGGCACGCGCGCCUCGGACAUGUCAACAUGGCCGCGCUGCGUAAGAUGGCUCGGGAGGAGCUGAUGCGCGGGUUGCCGGCAGUUGGUCAGGUGGACCAGCUGUGUGAGGCGUGUCUCGCUGGCAAGCAGAAGCGGUCGCCGUUCCCCGAGCAGGGAGAGUACCGGGCGCGGCGUGUUCUGGAGCUGGUGCACAGCGACCUCUGUGGUCCGAUUGCGCCGGAAACGCCAAACGGUAGCAAGUAUUUCCUGCUGCUCGUGGAUGAUCGAAGCCGGCACAUGUGGGUGGCCAUGCUGCCUUCAAAGGAACGUGCUGCAGUGGCCAUCAAGGAGAUCAAGGCUCGGGCAGAAGGCGAGUCAGGACUGAAGCUGGGAGCGCUCCGUACUGAUCGGGGCGGCGAAUUCACCUCACAUGAGUUCGCGGAGUACUGCGCGGGAGAAGGUAUUCAUCGUCAACACACGGCGCCAUACAGCCCGCAGCAGAAUGGCAUCGUCGAGCGCAGGAACGGCACGGUGGUAGCAACCGCGAGGAGCAUGCUCAAGGCAAAGGGACUGCCGGGCUGGUUUUGGGGUGAGGCAGUGGCAACUGCUGUAUACAUCCUGAACCGGCGGCGCACCAUCUGA